AUGAACCUGGACUUGGACAACGCUGGACGACCCGAACAUAGCAGCGAAGUGGGCUGCUCUUCGAGCCUGCUCACCACUCCGGACCUGGACAAUCUGCAGCUUACGUCGCCCGAGCUAAAUGAGCUUAUGAUGGGUUUCUACGCAUUGGAAAUGACGCCGGCACGAACUACGCCGUUCUCACUCAUCGAACAAGAGGAGCAUUACCCGAGCGGCUACGCCGACUGGCUUCCACAACUGCAGCUGCAACAGCAGGAACAGACUCAAGAGCUGCCGCAAUCCGUGCUUCAACAGUACGUCACCCCGAGCUCGAACGUCUCCGACUCGGGCGCAUUGACCUCGAACACCAAUUUCGUCGUAGCUUCUUCGACUAAGCCCUCGGUGACGGGCGACUACGUGGAGGACAAGACACAGGUUGUGCCUGCACUGGGCGCCACGCCGCCCGGGCUCGACGAGCUCCUCAAGGGUCUCUACGCAUUGGAGUCGCCACUGAUACCACCUACGCUGUUCUCGCUCAACGAAGAAGAGGAGCAGUACCCGAGUGGCUGCGCCGACGGGCUCCCUCAACUACAGCGGCAGCAGCAGGAACAAACUGAACCCAUGCUUCAACAGCACGUCACGUCGGGCCCGAACAUCGCCGACUCUGGCGUAUCGGCCUCAUACCCGAGUUUCGUGCUACCUUCGGUGUCUCCGCACUCAGUGACGGGCGACUACGUCAAAGAUAAGACACAGACGGUGCCUGCGCUGGACGCCACGUCGCCUCUGUGGUACAUCAGCUCCGACGAAGACAGUCGCGGGGGAGACUGUGCACACCCGACGACGAUGCAUCAGGCACCGCAGCAGCAGCCGAGGUGCGAAGAUUUUAUCACGCUCAAGCGGACCGCGGCCCUCGACUUGGACAACGCUAGGUCACACCAGCACAACAGCAAACAGGCUCGCAAACUGCAGACAGUGCCUCGACAGGUCGCUGAGCCUCCGCUAUCGCCCAUCCACAUGCGCGACCGAGAGAAGUCCAAAGUGAGAGAAAGAAGGGACGGGAAACGAAUCGCGCGAGCCAGGUGCCGCCAGCGACAGAUCAACUGCAACUCGCAGCUACGAGUGAAAGUGAGCGCGCUCAAGAUGGAGAUAGCCAUGAUGGAAGCCAUAGUAAAGAGUCUACGCUAUCAGCUGCGCUUGCUAGGGCAGCAGGUGAUGACUCACGUCAUGCAGUGCUGUCAAAUAUGA